AAGAGAAAAAAAAACGUUAUCUACAUUACGUCAUCUUAUCCGUCUUCACAAAAACUUAGCUUAAGUCACUGAAGCAUCGACUCUCCAAUACAGAUUUGUUUAGAAAGAAGAAGGAAGUGGAAAAUGGAUGGAUUGCAGGAAAUGGGGAUUCCAAUUCUGGGGAUUGUUGCAGCUGCCGCCAUUACCUUCUACGCUGUAAGCUUUUCAGAGCUUCGAGAGAAAUCAUUCAAAGAUUUGGAUGAAUUGGAGGAUCAGAAAGGAGGGUUUCAGAUGACUUCAAGUUCUAGAGAAAGGCGAGCAAGAAGGAAGGCUGAAAAGGAAGCUAAAAGAUGAUCAUUUUGUAAGAUAAUUUGCCUCUUUUACAAGCCUUUUCAUUUUUUUUUUGUAAUGUCAGUUAAGGAUUCUAAUAAGAACUUUUAUUUCAAGAAAUGUAUCUGGAAAAAGAGCAACUCUGCUUUGAAAUCUAUAUCAAAUAUCAUAUUAACAACAUCCAAGAUGCAGAAGGAUUUAUAUGUUCCUUGAGAGAAGGCAUGAUUCUGUCCUUCAAGCCAUUCAUUGCAACUAUUUGCCGCUACUUUUUCUGAUUCUUCAAUUCCUUCACUCUCUCUUCAGUGGCUUUCAGUGCUUUUCCAUAUUUGCUCGUUAACUGGAAACAAGAAGCGGCGGAUCAAAUUCUUAGAAAACAUGUAGAAUUGAUACUCAUUACUCAAUCAUGUUAUUAUUAGACUUUUUUAGAUACCCCAUCAACUUCUUGAGGAGAGAUCGUAAAUGAUGGAGACAACGUUAUAGUAUCCCCUCCAGUUCUUGUUAUCAAACCAUUUUCUCGACAUUCAGCUCCAAAACAUUUACCAACUCCUGUUUAUAUCAAUCACACAACAACCUAUAAACAUAACUAUGACCCUGGUAAAUCAAGAUCCACCACAUUUCUAGAGAUUCGUUAUCUUGAGGUUAAGCUGGUUCAGAACUAUCAAGAUUUAUAACCUACUACGCCAUGUUUUUAGGCUAUAAUUAUUUUAUUCAAACCAUAUAAUCUUUCUUUUCACGACAUUAGGCUUGGCCCUGAGACCAAGAUGUUUUUUGAUAUAAGCGAUUAAGAUGUAUAUAUAUCGAUGAGAAUUAUAUAAAGAUAAAACAUACCCCAUUCAGGAGGGAAUGGAUCAUUUGGUGA